UGCAACUCCUCUCUCUCUCUCUCUCUCUCCUCUCUGUUCGAACAUGGAGAAGAAGCACGGUUUCUUCUCGUCCCUCAAGCAAGAAGUGAUCCGGACCCUGUCCCCGUCCCGUUCCCGGGGCGGGUCUCCCAUGUCGGGCCUGCUCCGCCGGAAGAAGACCGGCGGCGCCCUCACCUCCCCACCCGACCCGGUGGUUUGGAGAUCCGGGAGCUUGAGGCCCGUGGGUGGGGCGCUUGCGCCGUUGAUGGAGGGCCCGGAUCCGGACGGGGGCGAGACGGGCGACCCGAGGAGGAACAACGGGUCGGCCCUGGGCCAGUGGGUGAAAGGCCAGCUUUACAGAGCGCCGUCGGUGAGCUCUGCGGCGUGCCGGAGGUCUGAUCUGAGGGUGUUGCUCGGGGUGCUCGGCGCGCCUCUCGCGCCGGUCCACGUCAGCUCUCUCGACCCUCUGCCUCUUCUCAGUAUCAAGGACACUCCCAUUGAAACUUCUUCUGCGCAAUACAUUCUGCAACAGUACACGGCCGCUUCUGGCGGGCAGAUGCUCCAGAACUCUGUUAAAAAUGCCUAUGCAAUGGGAAAGGUGAGGAUGACCACUUCGGAGUUCGAAACUGCUUCGAAGGUGAUCAAGAAUAGGAAUUCUGCACACGCAGGUGGUUUUGUGCUGUGGCAGAUGGAUCCAGAUAUGUGGUAUGUGGAGCUUGCAGUUGGAGGAAGUAAAGUUCAUGCUGGCUGCAAUGGCAAACUUGUUUGGCGACACACACCAUGGCUUGGUGCGCACACGGCGAAAGGCCCUGUUAGGCCUUUGCGCCGCGCACUUCAGGGUCUCGACCCUAGAACCACUGUGAGUCUGUUUGCUGAUGCGAGGUGCGUAGGCGAGAAGAAACUUAAUGGCGAAGAUUGCUUUAUCUUGAAGCUCUGUGCUGACCCUCAAACAUUAAAGGCCCGGAGUGAUGGCCCUGCAGAGAUCAUAAGGCACGCCUUAUUUGGUUAUUUUAGCCAGAAAACAGGACUUCUUCUUUACCUGGAGGAUUCUCAUCUGACUCGGAUUCAAUGUGGUGGCGGAGAUGCUGUUUAUUGGGAAACAACAAUCAACUCAUUCCUUCAUGAUUACAGACCUGUGGAUGGUAUCAUGAUUGCCCAUUCUGGGCAUUCCGUGGUGACCCUUUUCAGGUUUGGGGAGACUGCGAUGAGCCAUACCAAAACGAGGAUGGAGGAAAGUUGGACGAUCGAAGAGGUUGCGUUUAAUGUGCCGGGUCUCUCAGAAGACUGUUUCAUCCCUCCGGCAGAUUUGCGAUCUGGAUCUAUUAGUGACAUUUCUGAGUUUCAUCCAGAUGAAAGGGAAAAGAGCGCACUUGCGCUCUCUGCAUAUCGGGCCAAAGUUGCGGCAUUAGAGAAGGCAGAUGAUAGCUGCACCGAUAAUGUGACUUGGAGAAUGGAAGUAUAGUGACUGUUAGGAUGAGAAUAGGGCAAUUGUUGAUAGUUUUAGUUGGCUGACAAACUAGGGUAUAUUAGGUAGGAGGUAGGUAGAUUUUUUAUAUGCCUCUAUUAGACUGUAAAUAGAGCAUAAUCAUUCAAAGGGUUGUGACCUGGGCCUAGAUGAAUCUUUAUACUCUUUGGUGCAGAAUCCAACUAGGGAGUUGGAGCUCAACAUUCCGGGUAGGAAUAGAGCAAUGGAGGUUGUUUUUUAGUUUACCUUCCAUUCAAGAAAGCCGAAUGGUAAUGCUUUGAUGUGGCGGAGCCAUUGGCCUUCGACUAUGUUCUGGGGUAUUCCUUUCCUUAGACGAGUGGCGGUAGUGGUAACAAGGAAACUGCUAUCCGCCCUAGGAUUCCAAAACUAAUUCUGUUCCGUUAGUUUUAGGGUCUUGAGGUUUUUACUGUCAUGUGGUAGACUUUUGAAGGAUUUUUGUGUGUCUGGUGCCUGGCUGGUGGAAGUGAAUUCCCCACUUGCCAGGUAAGAUUGUUAGGGUUCUGAUUGUAUUGUUGUUUUCUUUUAGCACAGUUGUUGAAACUGAAAGGUGUGAACGAAGGCAUUGUAAUUCACUGUAUGAAAUGGCUCGUUAUAGGGAGUUCCAGCUCUA